AAGACUUGUGUGAUUCUAGAACGGGAACUUGUAGGAUGCAUGUGCUAAAAUUUGCUAAUGAAGGAAAUAAUAUUGAAAAUCCAGCAGAUUUGAAGAGAGCACUAGAGAGUAACAAAGGUGUUAGAAAUACCUUUGUAACACUAGUUGACAUUUCAGUUGAGAACCCACCUGUUUUGAUAGGGACAAUUAAACACUUCAAGAUCAGCAAGAUGUCAAACUUUGUUUUUGAGGAUCAAGGAAUCAGAGUCUAUCAAGCAUUUGGUAUAGGAAGUGGAUAUCUCAUCACAAAUACUAUACUAGAAAAGAUCUCCAGAAACCUCAGUUAUGAUGAGAGUAGGAUAAAGAUUAUAGAAGAGCCCUGUGAACAUGGUGAAGAAACGUUUAAUUUAAGACCAACAAAACUCAAGUUGAAUAAUUCAGUAGGGCAUGGAGAUUUAAGUUGCACAAUUCCUGGGUGUGUCAAGUCGUUUAGAAAACCUUCCACUCUAGAACAACAUCUUGCCAUUGGACAACAUAUUUACCAUGAAAAUGACAAAAUAACUGAUGUUGCCAUGGAAGUUUGGGCAGAGAUUGAUUGA